CGCCUUCGCCUUCUUAUCUCUCCAGAAGCCAACCUUCAUCUCACUCUCUGUCCUCCGCCGGUUGUCGGGUCGCCUGAGAAGUUGGCCGGAGGAUUCUUUCGGGCUGCUUGGCUCCUGGUUUCGUCCGCAAUUCGAUUCGAACUCUGUCGGUAUCGCUUUAGGCUGGUGGAAGAGCGGAAAAAUGGCUCAACGUUCGCGCGUGCCCCAAUUUGGCAAAUGGAACACCGAUGAGGACGUUGCUUAUACGGUGUAUUUCGAGAAAGCACGCGAGCAACGAGGAGGCGUUGGCGUGAAAGUGGGGAACCCGAAUGACCCGCAAGAGAACCCGGAAUUACAUCCCAACGGUGCACCUGAGUCCAAGUUUGCUCCUCCUCCUGGCCCUAAACCCAGGGUUGCCACCGAGGAGUCCAGAGGACCCGAACCUGCUAGGAUGGCGCAGGACAGGAGGGCCAGGGCAGAUGACAGCGACCUGAGACGGUCCAUCAACCCCUCGGUGCGUAAAGACAAUGCAGCAUCUCGGACCAAUGACUCGAGACAAGCCUCUGGUGAGCCUUACAAGAGGCCCGCUGGAUCCAAUCCUGGUUAUGAUCACAGUGCCGAUCGGUCGCCUCUUCAUCACCAAGCAAAAGCUUCAGGCGGAGCUGCUUAUGGGAGCAGCCCUGGGGGUCAUGGAAGAGCUCGAGCGAGAGCAGACGAUAGCCUUAGCGGCGGUGCUGCAGUCCCGAAAUUCGGUGAAUGGAAUGUGAAUGACCCAGCAUCGGGUGAUGGUUACACUGAUGUUUUCAACAGAAUAAAGGAAGAGAGGCAGAGAGGUCCUGGCACAGCAAUGUCGCCUGGUCCGAAUGUCCGCGGAUCGCCAUACACCGGCAACAGGAAGCCGAAUCCAAGGGACAAUCCCAAGAGUUGCUGCUGCCCCUGGUUCUGAAUUCGAGGUCCGCAAACCCGGUCGACGACAUCUUGGGCUGCGAAAUGUAAAUAUCUUGGAAGGAUCAUUUGCCUUUCGGAGAGUCUGCUUCUUGGAUCAUCAUCGUUCGUUGUUUUUUCCCCACCUCUGCGCUACUUCGUCGUUUACAAGAUUUGUAGUAAGCUUUUGAAUCCGUUCCUCUGCGUAUUGCUUGAGUGGCUGCGUCACAGACGUUGAUAAAACAUCUUCGUACUGCUCCUUGUUUUUUUUUUUGCCUCUUGUCCGGUCUGGAAAGACAGGAAAUUUUUUUAGGUCCUUUCGUGUAAUCGUUUCAAUACAGGGAAUGCGAAUGAAUGCAUCAAGUUUUCUCAUU